AUGUGGGAGAGUUCUUCACCAUUGCUCCUCCUGGUUAGGGUCCUCAUCUGUUCCAUCCCUCUGGUUUCCUCCGAUAUUCAGGUGUCGGAGGUGGGAUGCUACAUUGAUGACCUCAGUGGACCUGCCUUCACCUUUUCCCCGGGGGAUUACGACCCACUUUCCGGAACGACUCCUUUGAAAUGCAUGUCGGAUUGCAAUACUGUCAGCUUCACCUAUGCCGCCCUACAGGAAGCCGGAUCCUACUGCACGUGCGGGAUGCGAAUCCCCAGUGAGCGGGGGAACUGCUUGUCCACGUGUCCUUCGGGACAAUCCUGUGGGUCUUUGAAUGACCCCCUCGUCAUGACCGUAUAUCAAAUCCUCCCUGGGACCUACAUUCUUGGCGAGACUCUUCAACAGCACCUGACAAUCCAGCUCCAAGACCAGGGAUUCGGAGUGAACAUCACAUGGACGGGGUACAGCGGUGCAGUCGAACAGAUCGUGUCCCUCGGGGAUGGAUCACCACCUUUCGUCAAUGGCCCUCAGUUCAUGUAUCCCAUCCCAGGGAUUUAUCAAAUUUCCGCCGUGUCUUUGGCCUUAGUGAACGACAAUUCGUCCUCUCCGUCUCUGAAAACGGAAACCAUUGAGGAAUGGAUGAAAUACGACAUAGUAGGAGGGAGCCUCACGUGCGAUCAGGUCGCAACCCCAAAUAAGACCUUGAAUUGCUCCGUUGACUUCAUCAACACCUACAAGUCGGAGGUGAACGUCUCUUGGACUGAUGGAACUAGGGCACCCGUGUCCUCCACUCUUUCGCUCCCAGAUGGAAGGCAUUUUUCGCUGGGCACACCCCCGCCUAAAGGAACCCCGUCCCUCUACACCCUCAAGUAUCCGUCGGGAACGGAUGUGGUAUCUUUCACCUUCGCUUCUCCCAUCCCCUUCACGGGGAGUCUCACUUAUCUGGAAUUUUACGCCACCGGUGCGGAGGUGGUCGUGUCAGACGCCGACGGAGAAGUUGUGCCGUUCCACCUACGAACAUUGCAGCUCGGAUUGCCAUCAGGUGGAAGAAGACGGAAGGAAAUGUCCUCCGACAACUCCGCUAUUCUAGAUGCGGAAGAAAGCGAAGAGUGGGAUGAGAGCGGUUCGAGCAAAAUAUCCAGGAAAUACUUCGUUCGAGUCGUCGGGUCGGAAGGGAUCGUAUCCUUGAAUUUCCAGCGAACUUGCAGCGACUAUCCCAAUCCUGCAGUCGUCACCGUUACGCCGAGUGUCCAGGCAGGAUUCAUUGGGUCCUCAGCUCCAGCUCCCCAGUCCAUACAGAUUCCAUGCCAGAUUCCCAUCUCCAACCUUCGGGUGAGUUCCUUCACAUAUGUUUUUGAGGCAACUGCUUAUAAUACUCAUCGCUAUGUCAUUUUCAUUUCGUCCCAAAAGCGAAAGCUAAGGUGCACCCCUUUUAAAGAUGCAUCUCACCUUUUGACCAUGAAGGGGUAA